AUGACAUCUAGAAAAGAGGAUGAUAAAUCAUCAUUUGAGCAAUUUGAUCAUUGCCUUCCAACCCAUUUAAGACAUCUAACAAGCAAUCUUGCUGUCAACUCAUAUCAACCCAUUCAAUUGUUAUGUAGUAGUGAAAUCAGCAAUUUUCAAAAUGCUACCAUAUGCCGAAUGAAACUGCAACAAUUUAUAUGCAAUCGUACGUUGAACUCUUCUAAUUGCACUCAGGAAAGAACAAAAAUACUUUCAUUAAAAACCACUCUAAUUUCCAGACACUAUUUAGUAUGUAGUUAA